AUGUCACAACAAGCUAAUUAUGAUACUGACGAUAAUUUUGAAAUGGUAAAUCCAAUAUCGCCGAUAAAAAAUCACGAACAAUUUGAAGUUAUUGAAGAAAAUGUUUUCGAAACAAUAACAUGUAAAAAUAAAUCGUCAUCAUCGAUAAGUUCAAAUUCAAAUCAACAUGUUACUAUGAUCGAAAAAGAAAAACAAAUACCCGUGAAAAUUAUUAAUCAAUCAAUAUCUAAUAAUAAUGUUAAACAAUCAUUAGAAAAUUCGUCAUCAUUAAUAAAUACAAAUCAAUUACCAAUUCGAUAUGGUGUAGCAUCAAUAAUUCCACAUGAUGAAGGAUUUGAUUUAAAAUCUAUUCUUAAUAGUAAACCAAGUUUACCUAUUCAAACAAAUGAUUUAAUGAAUAUUUUACAAGAUGAAAAAUCUAAAAAACAUUCAUGUAUGGAUAAUAGUAUUCAACAAAUCCUUACUGAUAAUAAUCAUGAUCUCAAAAGUCUUAUUCAAAGUGCUAGACAAGCUCAACAAGAUUUCAUUAAUGCAAUUCAUCUUGAUUAA